CUUGGGCGAUGGGCCAGUUGGACACUUGCACAUUGGCGAGCGCCAUGUUGAUAGGCGGUCGGUUUGCUUACCAGUUAAGUUCCUGUUAGGCCUAGUCUGCUAAGUGCAAUAAUUUGGUGAAUUCUCAGCGUUUCUGCGGCCCAGGAAGUCUAGUAACCGUUCUUCGAGUACUCGGCCAGCAGGACAUCUGUACGGUUGACGACCGGAAUGCCGACUCCGAUGCGGCUGCGGGACCUGAUUCGUCAGAUCCGUGCAGCGCGCACAGCAGCAGACGAGCGGGCGGUUGUACAAAAGGAAUGCGCCUACAUUCGUUCAACUUUCAGAGAGGAGGACAACAUGUGGCGCUGUCGCAAUGUUGCAAAGCUUCUCUACAUCCACAUGCUUGGAUACCCUGCACACUUUGGACAGCUGGAGUGCCUGAAGCUGAUUGCAUCACCUCGGUUUACUGACAAGCGCAUUGGUUACUUGGGAGCAAUGCUGCUGCUUGAUGAACGUCAGGAUGUCCAUCUGCUUAUAACUAAUUCUUUAAAAAAUGAUCUCAACAGCCCAACUCAAUUCAUGGUGGGCCUCGCAUUGUGUGCCCUGGGUUCCAUCUGCUCCCCAGAGAUGAGCCGUGACUUGGCUGGCGAAGUGGAGAGACUUCUCAAAACCUCAAACGCCUACAUUCGUAAAAAGGCUGCACUGUGUGCCUUCCGCAUCAUACGAAAAGUUCCUGAACUCAUGGAGAUGUUCAUUCCAGCAACACGUUCAUUACUUACAGAAAAGAAUCAUGGUGUUCUCAUCACAGGAGUGAUCCUAAUCACAGAAAUGUGCGAGCGAAGUCCUGAUGCACUGCAACACUUCAAGAAGCUUGUUCCAAACUUGGUACGUGUCCUCAAGAACCUGAUAAUGGCUGGAUAUUCACCCGAACACGAUGUCUGUGGUGUCAGCGACCCAUUCCUACAGGUGAACAUCCUUCGGUUGUUGCGGUUAUUGGGAAAGAACGAUGCAGAGUCUAGUGAAGCAAUGAACGACAUCUUAGCUCAGGUGGCUACAAACACGGAGACGACCAAGAAUGUGGGCAAUGCUAUCUUGUACGAGUCAGUCCUCACUAUUAUGGACAUCAAAUCGGAGAGUGGAUUGAGGGUGCUGGGAGUGAACAUUCUGGGCAGGUUUCUCUUGAACACUGACAAGAACAUUCGGUACGUGGCCCUCAACACGUUACUGCGGUCGGUACAUGCUGACUACAAUGCGGUGCAGAGGCAUCGGAACACUAUUCUCGACUGUCUCAAGGACCCCGAUGUCUCCAUCAGAAGGCGAGCUCUGGAGCUGUGCUUUGCACUAAUCAAUGCUCAGAAUAUUCGGUCUAUGACAAAGGAGCUGUUGGUGUUUUUGGAGAAAGCCGACCCAGAGUUCAAGUCCCUCUGUUCUUCAAAUUUAUUUAUUGCUGCUGAAAUGUAUGCUCCAACGAAGAAAUGGCACGUAGACACAAUGAUAAGAGUUCUGACAACGGCGGGCAAUUACGUGAGGGACGAUGUCGUGGGCAGCCUCAUCCAGUUGAUUUCGGAGACAACUGAUCUUCAUGCGUACACUGUACAGCAGCUGUGGCGACAGUUGGCAGAUGACCCUACGGGGAAGCAGCCCCUUGUACAGGUGGGGUCCUGGUGCUUGGGAGAGUAUGGCGACUUGCUGGGAUCGUCUGAAGGACAAGAUGCUGAUCCUGUUCAGGUUACAGAAGACGAGAUUGUGGACUUCUAUGAAAAGAUGCUGAGCAACAAUCAGAUGCAGUUGGUUACCAGAGAAUACGCAGUGACAGCACUAAUGAAGCUGAGUGUGCGAUUCACGUCUUGUGCGCCGAGGAUAAAGAAAGUAGUCGACGCAUUUGGAGGUAACAUGAAUGUAGAACUGCAGCAGCGGUCGGUUGAGUUCUCCUCGCUCUUUUCAAAGUACGACCACCUAAGGGGUAGUCUUCUGGAAAGGAUGCCACCCAUGGAAAAUAAAACCCUAGGAAGCUCAGUUUUGCAAAAUGGCCAAGCAGUCGAGGAUGAAAUUCCCCUUGAUAAUGAAGUGCUAAAGGAUCCUGGAAACAAGAAUUCUGAAUCUAGUGCUUUGCUGGACCUCCUUGGAGGAGCUCCAUCUCUGGAUUUGGGCAAGUCUUCUGUGACAGCCUUGAACAGCACAAAGUCUGAAGUUGACAUGCUGGAGUCUAGUUUGGGUGGAGUGGGAGCCAGUGAUGGAAAAGGCAGUGGUGCUGACCUCCUAGACCUACUUGGUGGGCUUGAUCUUUCAGCUCCUUCCUCUCAUCCUGCGCAGUCGUUGCCUACGCUACCUAGUAUGGUCAUUGGUACGGCUUCUGUGCCGCCAUCAAUGCCAAGCGUGCCAGCGAAUGUGGACUCCUCCUCUUUUAUGGACGGCCUUCUCAAUGGACCUCCACCUAGUACGAAUGGCAUUCCCCCAAUGACAGCGUUUGAAAAAGAUGGCCUCCGAUUAGACUUUGCCUUUGAGAAACCCCAAGACAAUCCAUUGGCUACAGUGAUCCAUGUAACGGCAUUGAACUCCUCAAGCAAUACAAUGACCAACUUCCUUUUCCAGGCCGCUGUACCAAAGACUUUUCAACUGCAGAUGUUACCUCCCAAUGGGACUGUUAUUCAACCAAACAACUCUGGCAGUGUAAAACAGACUAUCAGAGUAGUAAAUCCCAACAAGGGACCUUUGCGGAUGAGGAUAAGGAUAUCGUAUAACAUUAACGGCAGUACUGUUCAAGAGCAGGCCGAAGUCAACAACUUUCCACCCUCAGUAUGGCAGUGAGAGUUAUGGCAUCAUCCUCGUAGCGAUUGCUGCAAAGUGGUCCAUGUGCUGCUUCCUCUGGAACUGGAAAGAGAUGCAAGCUGGAGUUGCAACAGGAGACGAACUUAUGGAAAAAGCCAUGUGUAUGUUUGUAGACUGCACUGUGUGUGUGUGUCUCCUGACGGACUCAAGCAGGGGCACGUGAGAUUGCAGAGAAUGCAAGUGCCAUGACUCUCCUCCUUCGUACACUCCCUAAGUAUCAGCUGCUUUUCUUCCUCCACUCCCUCUGCUUCACAUUUGCCUCUCUUUCUCCCCCCUGCUGUUGAUGGGGAGUGUACUGGAAAUGAACUGUGCUUCGCUGUCUUUUUAUUUUUCUUGCACACAUAUACUAAUAUAUAACUUCAUGUGCAAACACAGUCACAUAAAGCAAAAGCAAAUGACAAGGGCCUUGAUCUGUCGUGACUUUACAAAUGGAAUUAUUUGAUCAUUCCAUCCAUAGCAUGUUUUGAUUGCAUAGAGACGGUGGGCCUGAUCUCCAAGAAGCUCAAACAUGUGCCGGGUGCUGUUGAGCAGUUAAAAAGAAAAGAAGGGAAAGGGAAUCGUGCAGAGGUGUUCCAGUCCUCCUGGGCUGCGUGUCACCUUCAUUUGCGUCUAUGCCAGCUGGUUUGCUAAGAAUGGCGCUAGCACUAGACACAAUGAUGGGCCUGAUCUCAGCUGGGCUUUGUUGUAAUGCUGGAUUUAACUUUAGCUUUUAUACUGUAAAAAAUAUAUAUUUGGCACAUUUGCGGAGAAUCAGGUCUUGCAUUAUAUCUUCAAGAGUAGGUUCGAGUCACAAUGACCAGCUGUUGUGUUGUGUAAAAUAAGUGCGGGCCGAGCCUUUAGACUUUUGUAUUACAUAAUUUAAGUUUGUGAGUACUUAGAGUGCAACUGAGUUUCUUAAAAGUUUUACAAAAAGUGCACUUUCUCCUUUGUUGUGUGCAUGUUGAUCACAUAAGAUGAACUGGCAUGCUUUGUACAUUUGCAGAGAGAAAGUGAGGGGGCAGAGAGGUAAUUGAUGUUCAGCAUUAUAUGAUUUGUGUGCAUGUGUAUGUGUGCAGUAUUGACAGGAAAAUAUAGGAACAAGGUUUCAUUUGUUGUUGUCAACUUGUAAAUAGAGAAAAUGUCUUUGUGCAGGUUGUAUCAUAGUACACAAACAGUUGCAAGAUUUGCUUGUGAUAAUCGAUUUCCUAGUUUUUUUUUAAAGAAGUAUACUAGCAUUUAUUUUCUGUACACAACAAUAAGUCAGCAUUGAUCGGGUGAGGUUUGCUCCUGUGUGUAAUCCUGUAAAAUUUGUUUCUAUUUUAGUGCAGCAUUUUUCGAGAAUAUCAAAAACAGUACCUACACGCUUCUCUUCCCUUUUUUGUGAUCGAGCAGAAGUUGUAAGUAAGACUAGCUAUUUUAUGCCUGACCUGCAGGCUCCUAGUGAGUGUUGCUCAUGAACGUUUGAGAAGUUAAUAAAGAUAUUGAUGAUUUUGUA